AUGUCUGGUCGUCAAGGAGGUAAAGCGAAGCCUUUGAAGGCCCCCAAGAAGGAGAAGAAGGAGGAUGAUGAUGAAGAUAAGGCUUUCAAGGAAAGACAGAAGCAAGAAGCUGCCGAGCGUAAAGCUAUGGCCGAGAAGGCAAAGCAGAAGGGUCCUUUGGGCUCUGGUGGUGGGAUCAAAAAGUCUGGAAAGAAAUGA